AAAUUAACUUGUUUGUUUUUAUUACUUUUAUUACUUUGAAAACAUAAUUAUCAGAGUUCCGGUAUGAUUGCAAGUCCUCGCCGCUUUACCUGCAGGUACAAGUUUUCUGCUUUUCCCCAGGCCGACGUUGGAAGAUAAAAGUCCAGCCCAUUGAUGGCAGCCUGUAUGCUGUGUCGGCGGGUUCCCAGACUGCAAUACCUUCCAGGCUGUAGAAAAGGUUUUGCCCAGGCUCAGUACUUACACAUCAAAUCAAAGUGUGAGACUGAUGAUCAGGAAGAAAAGAAAAGGGUUUCUCAACAACAGGAAUUCUCCCAAGGAUACAGACUUCGUUACAAUCCAUCGUCAUAUUAUCACUCUGUAUGUAACUCUGCAAAUUUGUGCAGCCAAACAGAUGAUGAAGAUAAACAGCUUUUCUCUCCUCAUGCACCCUCAUUCUGGCAACAGAGCAAUCACUACAGUGUAAGUUGCUCACGUCAUCUCUCAAGCUCAAAGAACAGACUUCUUGACUUAUCCUUUAACAAGGUCCCUGAACCUGAGAGGCCAACUGUGUCACUUUACCAGAGGACACCAGUUCCACCAGAUGUUAAAGUAGACUCACGUGCCUUCCUUAAAUGCCGACCAGAGUAUGCUUCUGUGGCCCUUGACCUCACCCAGCGGCCUCAGCCAAUUGAAUGGGUAGAGGUGUUGCCAAUACUUCAAAAAGUAACUAUUUUCAAGGAUAGGAUGAAGCCGUCUGAUGUCUCCCAGUUUCUCAUGGAGCUCAGCAAACUGCACCCAGACAAGGUGCCGCUAGUGAGAAGUGACCAACGGUUCAUCAUGCUUCUCCGAUAUUCUGUGGAAAACCUUCGCCUCUUUUCUCACCUUCAACUUCUGGAGGUUCUGGAGUCAUUUGUGUGGCUGGACAUGCCCUCUUCCCACACUGUGCUCGAGGUGUAUGAGGCCGAGCUGAGCCAUCGAGCUAAUGAGAUGACUUUACAUCAGUUGUUGUUAGCUGCUGAUUUGUGGCGCUGUAUUGGGAAGCAGGUACCACAGUUCUUGCAAAACCUUUAUGACCAUGUCUACCUGUAUCUGGGGCAGAUUGGAGUCUCUGAGCUGGUGCAGCUAUUGUAUAUAAUGGGAGAAGGUAGGUUCUGCCCAAAAGACCUGAUCCAUCCUUUAGAGCAACUUCUCAUGCGUCACUUAAAAUGGCUGCACCCCGAGGAGGUUGGCACUGUAUGCCUGGGGCUGUUUAAAUCCCAAACUUCAAUAUCUGAGGGUGCAGUGACUCAUGUGGUUGACAGAGCGCUCUCUUUAGUUACAGAGAUGAGUGACUUUGCAAUGGUGAAUGUGUUGAAAUAUUUGCGGUUCAGUUAUCUUUUUCACAGGGGAUGGCUGGAAGCUAUGGCACAGGAAGUUCCUCAAAGGGCCCACAGGAUGGGUGUCAAAGGGCUGAUGCAUGUGGUAUUGACUUGUUCAGCUCUUCAUUACCGCAACGACAGCAUCCUUGUUGCUGUCGCUGAGAGGGUUCCCUCGCUAGUGCCACACUGUAGGAGUAAAGACGCAAGCAAACUCCUGUGGGCCUAUGGCUCCUUAGGGUUUUCACCAGUUCAGAGUCCAAGUUUCUAUCUAAGCCUCACAGAAGCCCUGAGACAGAAGAAGGCUGAGUUUCAGCGAUUUCCAGAGCACUUGCUUACUGGCCUUCUAGGCUUGGUCUUCGUCUCUCAGUUCCCAGAGGACCUUCUUGCAUUAGCCUUGAGCCCUGACUUUGUCAAUCUUGCGCUGAAAUGCACGCAACUUGAUCUUAAAAGAGACUUGCUCACUUUGGAUGGAGCAGUUGCUCUGGAGUUGCCUCAGUGGACUGGCCCACGGUUAAGCUGUGAACUGAGGCAAGAGGCAACAGAAAUGCUCUGGAAGUUUGCACAGUCAGAUAUGUGCCAGAAACUCGAGGUUGUGGAGGCAGAAUCUGCUUUACGAGAUUUGCUUGGAGGAGAGAAGUUUGUACGUAAGAGAAUGAUCCUGCCUCACACACGCACCAUCGACCUAGAAGUACAUCUGGACUCCGCUGGACAGCCCAUACCUGUGAACCUACCAUCUCUAGAACAGAGUCCAACCAUAACUCCUUCUCAUCAGGGCUGGGAAAAAUUAAAUACAGGAGUGACUAUUACUGAUGAACUUUUAGCACAGUUAAUAAAUACCAAAGGCAGCACAGAUUUGCCUCUGAGAGGUAAGCCCACAUCCUUGCACAGACUGCGCCCCGAUGAAAGUGAAAGACUAUUUGACUCUGUGCUGGACUUGACUGGAGACCUCAAAGAGACUCUUAACAAACCCAGAAACAGCUCUGGUCGCCAGGACUCCAAAUCCACUGUGAAAAUUGCUAUCCAAGUCUCAAGCAGGAAUCACUACUGCUCUCGGUCACAGCAGCUGCUGGGACUUCAUGCAAUGAAGAGGAGACACCUGCAGUUAGCAGGCUUCAAGGUUGUAGAGCUGAGUUAUCAGGAGUGGUACCCAAUACUGAGAAAAAGCAGGGCUGAGAAGAUGGCAUAUCUGCACUGCAAAAUCUAUAACAGUCUGUCAUGAUUUGUAAACCUCUAAGAGGCAAUGGACAUCACAGAGAACACAAUUAUGAAGGCAUUUUAGCUUCUGGGAAAUCUUUUAUUUAUGAAAAUAAUGUGCAGAAUUCAGAAAAAAAUAUGCAGAUGUUUGAACCUCCAGCUAAAACAGUUGUACAUAUUUAAUCCAUGAUGUUUUUUUGUAAGGAUUUUUGUCAGUGUUUUAAAUGUGUCCUUAAGGCUUAAGCUAUGAAAAUAAGCAAAUUAAAAAGAAUUAAAUUCUUUAUUGUCCUGGUCAAGAUUGUGUUACAAUACACUGUUAUGUGUUUUUGUGGUUUGAAAUUUGAGCGUCCUGUUUAUUUUUUCUUUGCCUUCCAGAAACUCUAGUGUGAAGAAAAACCAAAGCUGUUUGUAUGUUCAAGAGCUCAGGGAGGCGUUCGCUGCUCACUUUAAAGAUUACAACAGUUAAAUUGAUGAAAGACGAAAGAAACAGAUUUGUGGUUUUAUUUUGGUGGUUCUCGACUGUGAACAUUCAUUCUCAGACCUUUAAUAAAAUUAAAAGAUUAAUAUUGCA